AGAAAAUAGAAUUUUGUAACGAUACAUGGGAAUUCCCCGUAUGUUAGAAAGCACGCAAAACUAUUGGUUGUUUCGUACCUCGUGACUAGGGACUUUCCCAAUAUGCAAUUUUUCAUGGAGGUGUAAUGGAAAGAACUACGACACGAGAAAAUACUUGGAAUUUUAGAAAACUGUUUGAAAGUAUACCGUGUGUUUCUGAUCCCCAUCGUUUUCAUGGGGGAGAAUGACGAUUGUGGACACCAAUAAUGCUAAUAACAACGUCGAUAACAUGAGUAAGAGGGCUAAAACAAAACCAAAAGUAAGAGCGAGUGUAGGGUCUGAGAUGACGCGGAAAAAUGUCGACGACAAGGAGAGCGCCGACCGCAUUGCUGCUGCGGAGGCCAUGUCAUGUCUGUCGUCAACGCCGUUCAUACUGCCAUCUUCAGAAACAAUUUCCAAGGCUAUGGCGGGCCAAAGUGUUAAACCGGAUCCAUCUGUAAACAACGACGAACUAGUGCACGCAUCCACGUCUGUUUCCAAGAGGGGGAAAUCCAGAAAUCGUGGUCGCGGGGGUAAGCGUUCUCCUUCAAAACAAACCCAUACAAAUACUUCACUCGAAAGUAAUACUGCUGUAACUCAGAGAAAUGCAGUGGCAUCAGUUGCUGAGAUCUCCAAAACUAAAUCAGUACCUCAAAGUACAGUUGUCACGUUAAAUACAAGUACUAGUACAUCAAUAUCACAUGCAUCAUUAAUAGCACAACAAUUAAGCAAUCUCGUUAAGAUGCAGAAAGAAAAACAAGAGAAUUCUAUGCCAUCACAUUCCAAUAUCAAGUUUUCCCUUCAGCAAAUGUUGGAGCUAAAAAAGGCCCAAGGCCACGAACAGUCGCAAACAUCAAAUAAUGCAGUUCUAAAACUCCCUUUAACUGUGUCAACAACUGAUUCAAGCCUUGCGCGUGAAGCAGGUAGUCCUAAUUCUAUUAUAAGCAAUGAAAGUAUAGAAUUGCCUCAAACGACUGUGGAUCACAUUUUGAACCCAAAUAAAUAUGACACGCCGGAGGCAUCGUUACCCCUGAAGAAGAGGCGGCUACAGACGUACAAAGAUGGGGAGGUACCCCAGAAAGACAGUACUUCCCCCUCCCAGUCAGUGGUGGAUCUGACCACAGAUAAAGAAGACAAAUCUAAACAACAGCAGGUCUACAGGAAAUGCAUUGUGUAUGUUCAUCAGUAUAAAAAAAAAUCCUAUUAUGUUUUAUUGCAAAUAUUUUGUUCUUGUAGGCCUUUGCAUAUUGCUGUGGCUCAGGAAAACACUGUAAUGGUCCAAAAAUUUGUCCACUUAAUGACCAUAUCCGGCAAGAGUGUGGACAAGUAUAACAAAUCACAGCAGACCCCCCUUCACAUUGCCAUUGAGUUACAGUUUGACCAGGCUGUGUCGGUCCUCCUAAUGGCAGGAGCUAAUCCUUCGCUGGUCAACAAACAGGGGGACAGCUCCAUACACCUAGCCAUCAAACACAACACCAUCAACAGUCUGGCCAUGAUGCUCAUCAAAAGUCAACACAAGACAGAUAUCAAUGCCAGGAACUUUGAAGGUUUAGCACCGCUUCAUCUGGCUGUCAUAAGGAAUCAGAUAGAAAUGGUGAAGGUCCUGAUAAGGUGUGGUGCUGAUAUCAACAUUCAGGAUGGUAAAAGCGGAAGGACUCCAUUGUUCCAUGCUGUAGAAGGGAAUCAGCUAAAAUUAGUGCUGUUGUUCCGACAGUGCAAUGCCAAUCUAGAACUGACAAACUAUGCAGGUAUCACUGCUUUAAUGGCUGCCCAGGCCAAAGGCUUCUCGGAGGCUAGCUCUAUUCUAAUGGUGGGACUGGACCCCAAGGCCAUAAUAGAACACAAAGAGAAAGAGAAGUUGAUGAUGCCAAAUAAAAAGAUGCCGAUCCCUAGGAUACCAAGUAAAGCUCAUCUGAUUGUGAGUGGAAUUCAGAGAGGUGUUAAAAAAGAAAACAAUGAUAGUGAAAAUGAAACUAGUUUAUCAAAUACUACUGAAGAGACUCAGAAUGAUGCUAAACCUAAGUUAGAGGGGGGAGGAGCUAAUCAGACACUGCCUGAAUAUAUUGAAAGAGAGCAGAGAAUGGUGAUAGAAAUGAAGAAAGACAUGUCAUCUAUAAAGUCAGUUCCAAUGGAAGUUGAUGGGAGAGAAGUUGUGGAGGAUGGAAUAAAGCAGAUACCUCCUCAAUUAACAAUGAACAUUCCCAUUAAAAAGGACAAACCAAAGCGUAACAAACAGAACAAGAUGCUUUCUAAAAGUGAAAACAUCCAGGGCGGGGAUCAACAGACAACCUCCUCUAUUGUAGUGCAUCCGUCAGACCCACAGAAAGAGACUGUAGAUUCUGUAGUAGAGGUUCAAUUGAUGAUGUCCACUGCUGACCCAGUGGUGAAUACUGCCAGGUCGAUACCUGUAAGUAAUGGUCCAAUCAAAUCUGCUGUUACAACAGAGAAUGUAACCAGCAUCAACGCUAGGACAGCCUCUUUAUUGGCAGCACACCUAAAAAGUGUGAAAAAUUCACUGACUAAGCAAAGCUCCUCCUACCCACUUAACCUCUCCUCUAAUGGAAAAGAAGCGGGAAGUUUGGAAAAAUCAGAUAGCAUGGUGUCCAAUGGAUCAUAGCAUUUUGUAUAAUAUUUAAUUAUUAAUUUUAUAUUGAUUGUUUGUAAUUUUGGGAAUUUGCAGAAUCAGCUUUUUGUGCUGAAUAACAAUGUACUAUUUUGUCACUGACAGCUUUUGAUUACUCUCACUUUUUUUAAAAUGGUAAGAAAUCACCCUCAUUUUAUAAAAUAUUUUGAAUCAAAAUAAGAAUUGAAAUAAAAAAUUCAAUAUAACUGUGAACCAUAUUAUUAAAAAAUGUAUAAGUUCUUCAGUUACAUAUUUUAAAGAUAUUAUGAAGCAUUAUCUUAUCGAUAAAGCACAUUCAUAAUCAUGAUCUUUGCAUGUUCAAUUUUUUUUUUAUGUAAACCCCUUUGAGAAAUUCUGUAGUAAAAGUAAUUAAGUAUGCAAUAGGUUUUGAAUUUUGGGAAUUGAAUAGACUUGACAUAAUUCACUAGAUUAGUGGCUAAUUCUGAAUACACUCUAAAUACCUAACUCUCUAUUUAAAAUGCCAUGUAAGGGUUUAUGCAUUAAAGUUACUUAAAAAAGCAUUUUAAACUCCAAAAAUCCCUGAAAUAUUCAUGAUCGACAAGUUUUAUUUUCCAGAUUCGGAAAACAUAUUCAUUUAUGUUGUGAAACAUCUUCUAUGAUUGAUGAUUUCAUUUCAGCAUCUUGAAGAGAGAUAUAUAUUUUGUUUUGCUUUCAAUAAUUGACUGUACAUAGGUUGUAGAUUCUAAUGGGCAUUACUGGUCAUAAAGAAACCUCACAGGCUUAUAAUGUUAAGUGUAUUUCUUCCUAUAUCUAUAGGCAUGCAUUUAGCUAGAAUAACAAGGUAUAUUUAAAUGUAGAUUUUUAUAUUAAAAUAAGAAUUUGGCUGAAUGAUACUGCCAGUGUUUGUAUGAAAUUUGCAUUCUUUAAAAUUUAAUUUUUUGUAUAGUUUGUUAUUUUUAUGUGUACAAAUGUUACAUGUUCAAACAGUCUUCACUAUUAAAUUAUGUUACAUUGUA